GGAAGGUCAGCAUUAACCCACACCAUACCCUCCAAAUGAGCGUUCUAUCUAUCUAUCCCAAUCUCUCUGUUUCUCUAGUAGUCUAAAAUAGAGGAACAAAGCAGAGAAGUUUAUUUGUUCAACAAUGGCUUCUCUCACUCUCCUUAACCACUCAAUAGUACCCUCUUCUUCAUUUCCAAUUACGAAAACCCUUAACAACAAGAUCCCAUUAUCACAAUGUCUGGUAUCAUCAUCGUCACAUUCUCAGUUUUAUGGUCUUAAACUUUCUUCUUCAUCUUCUGUUACUUUCGAAUCUACUUCUUCAAAGAAGUUUUCCAUCUCUGCUAAGGUUAACAAAGGUUCAGUUCCUCCUGCAUUUACUUUGAAAGAUCAAGACAACAAACCUGUUAGUCUUUCUAAGUUCAAAGGAAAACCAGUUGUGGUCUAUUUUUACCCAGCUGACGAGACUCCAGGUUGCACUAAACAGGCCUGUGCAUUUAGGGACUCUUACGAGAAGUUCAAGAAAGCGGGAGCUCAAGUUGUAGGAAUCAGUGGUGAUGGUCCUGACUCACAUAAGGCAUUUGCUAAGAAAUUCAGGCUUCCAUACACAUUACUAAGUGAUGAGGGUAACAAGAUCAGGAAAGAAUGGGGAGUACCAUCUGAUCUAUUCGGAACUUUACCUGGAAGACAGACUUACGUUCUUGACAAAAACGGUGUGGUUCAAUACAUCUAUAACAAUCAGUUCCAACCUGAGAAGCACAUCGACGAGACAUUGAAGAUACUUCAGAGCCUAUGAGUAUUAUAAAUCUCAUUUCACAAGUUCAGGUUUCUUAUAUAUGUAUAUCUUGCCAAAGUACUCAAGUAGUAUUGUUCUAGACGGUCUGUCUGUCUCGUACAUGAGUUCAAUUUUCCCCAAAGGAAAUGUAUGUUGUAUAAGUUUAAGCUCGGAGUCAUCCAUGUAAUCGCAUUCGUUAUAUAGCAAUCGAAAAAUAUUUAUCUGCA